AUGCAUCUCGCUAACCUAAUUUUACUUGCAACUCUUGCUGGGCCGACGCUUGCGUUUCCGAAGGAGAGACGUGAAGCCAUAGAUAACGAGACGACUGCCGAAACUCUUCCGCAAUCUGGAGAAAUAGCUACGACGUCGGCUGAAUCUCGCGCUGAAUCUGAAGGGAGAAGUAGUGCGCCGGCCGAUCCUCAUGCAGAAUCUGAAGAAAAUAGCGGCACAUUACUGAAUGAAACAUCACAGGAACCGGAUAUGCCCGCGGCUCCCAAAAAGGCCAAAUUCAUUUGUUCUCCAACCAUGUGUUUUCCAUGUUCUCCCAUGUGUCCUCCCAUUGCAGGGGUUCCAUUCGUACCUCAAGUCCCGAUGGUGCCUCAGGUACCUGCUGUAGUGCCGGUGCCUGUGCCUGUACCUGUGCCUGCUGUGGCAGGUAUACCAAACAUACCAGGUUUGCCUAAUAUACCAGGUCUGCCAAACAUACCAGGGAUAAAUCAACCAGCUCAACCAAAUGUGAUUACUAGCUAA